CCUUGAGGUCAAUGUCACUAGGGUUAAGCGCUGUCAACAGUUUGUAACAUCAGGCGAAUGCUCUGGUAGUGCUCGGGUGCAGACAGCUAUUACAAUUUUCUGUGCAAUUUACUGCUGUUAAAUAUGAAAGAACUAAAAAUUGAACGUGUGCCAACAACUCCUUUCGAUGGACAGAAGCCUGGAACAAGCGGCCUGAGAAAGAAAGUGAAAAUUUUCCAAAGUCCGGGUUACACCGAAAACUUUGUGCAGGCAACGCUAACAGGCGCUUUGGGUGACAAAGUGAAGGGCAGUACGCUUGUUGUCGGUGGUGAUGGAAGAUAUUUUCUUCGAGAUUCCAUACAAAUCAUUGCCAGGAUUGCUGCGGCAAAUGGGGUAAGCAAGUUGUUUAUUGGCCAGGGUGGAAUACUGUCUACACCUGCUGUUUCUUGCAUCAUCCGCAAAUACAAGACCACUGGUGGCAUCAUUUGCACUGCCUCUCAUAAUCCUGGUGGACCAACUGAAGAUUUUGGCAUAAAAUAUAACAUUGAAAAUGGAGGCCCAGCACCUGAGAAUGUGACCAGUGCAAUUUACAAAGUGACACAGACUAUUAAUGAAUACUAUUACUGCUCAAACUUGGAUGUAGACUUAGAUAAUCUUGGAGAGCAGAGUUUCAAGGUGGAUGGACAUGAUUUCAGCAUAUACAUAAUAGACUCAGUACAAGAUUAUUUGGAACUUAUGAAGGAAAUUUUUGACUUUGAAGCCCUUAAAAGUGUGGUCCGUCCUGGUGGCCUUAAGAUUCUCAUCAACUGCUUGAAUGGAGUGACUGGUCCUUAUGCCAAACGAAUAUUUGAGGUUGAAUUAGGAGCACCACCAUCCAGUGUAGUAAACUGUGUUCCUCUGAAUGACUUUGGAGGUCAUCAUCCUGACCCUAAUCUGACAUACGCUAAGGACCUUGUGGAUGCAAUGGCUAAAGGAGAACACGGCUUUGGUGCAGCAUUUGAUGGAGAUGGAGAUCGCAACAUGAUUCUCGGCCAAGAGGCUUUCUUUGUGACCCCAAAUGACUCACUGGCAGUGUUGGCAAACAACCUGGAGUGUAUCCCAUACUUUAAGCGCACUGGAGUUAAAGGUUUUGCACGAAGUAUGCCAACAGCAGGUGCACUUGACAGAGUUGCCCGUGCAAAACACCAGAAAUGCUUUGAGACUCCAACUGGAUGGAAAUUUUUUGGCAAUUUGAUGGAUGCUGGCUGGAUCUCUCUUUGUGGAGAGGAAAGUUUUGGGACUGGCUCAGACCAUAUUAGAGAAAAAGAUGGAAUCUGGGCAGCAUUGGCAUGGCUGUCAGUAAUAAAGUACACCAAUAAAUCUGUACGACUAAUCUUGAUGGAUCAUUGGAGGCAGUAUGGACGCAACUUUUUCACACGAUACGAUUAUGAGAACUGUGAAACUGAGCCAGCAAACACAAUGAUGAAUAAAUUGCAAGAAUUAGUGGAUGAUCCCUCAACUGUUGGCAAAAGCUUCACAUCUGGCAGCAAAACCUACACCGUGAAAAUCGCAGACAAUUUUCGCUACUGUGACCCUGUUGAUGGCAGCAUCUCUGAGAAUCAGGGUAUACGCAUCAUCUUCACUGAUGACUCUAGAAUCAUAUAUCGUCUGAGUGGGACCGGCAGCAGUGGUGCAACUAUUCGCGUGUAUAUAGAGGGCUAUGAAAAUGAUUCUACAACAUUUGGAAAAGAUUCUCAGGAGGUACUCAAGCCACUGAUAGAUAUUGCCCUUCGCAUUGCUCAGCUACAAAAGCUGACUGGCCGUAAUGCUCCUACUGUCAUUACGUAAUCAAAACUCAUGUUGCGUCUGCAGCAGGAUGGUGAUUCACACAAGUUGCAAUGUCUGUUGACAAGUCUGUUGUCUGUUUGUUGAUUGUUCUAUGUGUUAGGUAUGCAGCUUCAUGUUGUCAUUGGUUGUGUUUUGUUUUUGAAGGAGUUUUUAUGUAUGUGGCUGAUAGAAGCAACAAAAUUUGGGAAUAGCAUUUAUUUUUCUUAGCAUGAAAUAUCUUGUGCAUGAUGAUGGAAUUUAAAUAUGUUGUUAUACAUGUAUGCAGAUUUCAUGUAUUUACAGUUAGGUUGGGUUUUUUUUAAUUUUUUUUUUUUUUUUUUGUGGUGUUUCUCUUCUUUUUUUUGAAAGUUUAUGCAUAAUUCCAAUUCCAUCCCACGUAUAGUUAGCAGAAACAUGCAUCAGAAACAAGUUAAUGUUACAGUGAUUUGUUCCUUUGGAUUGUGACUGUUGCUGUAGCUGACAAUUUACAUACUGAGUAAGAUUCAUAUAUGAUUGUCUUCGAGUUUUUCCUCUGCCUUGUGCUGAAAAAGUUUGGUAGAUGUUGUGGGUGCAUUUUGAGCAACUUUAUGAGGCAAUAGGAUGUUAAAUUUAGGUCUUUUGUCAUGGGUACACUUGGAGUAAUUUUAUAAGGCAAUAAGAUGUUAAAUUGGUGUCCUCUUUAAUGAAAAGUUUGUUGUGGGUUAGUCAAAAAAUAUUAUGCUUAAAUUCUAAACUUGUGUUUGUUUGAUGAUUUUCCCCUGUGUGCAUUCUUUGGUAAUUUUCUUUAGUGGUGCAAUUUUCUUAAAACUCUUGGGAAAAGAACAGUGUUGGUUCGGUGCAAAAUAAAAUUGGGAAAGUGCUUCAAAACUGGUAAAAAUCGGUGCUCUGUCUUUAGCUGCAGCAUUAUAUUUAAUGAAGGUGUCAGUACACAUGUGUGCACCAUGCAUGCAAGCUUGUGUGAAAGACAGAGGGAGUGAGAACGAGAAAGCAAGUUAAUGUACAUAUGAAUGUAUGACGAUAUGUAUGUAUAUGUGCACAUGCAUGUGCAUUUUUUUUUUAAAAUACUGGUAUAAAAAGGCUGUGACUAUGAUGGGAAAUUUUGACGUGGGUUUUUUAAAAAGUAGCUUUUGGCAGAACACAUAGGCUUCAACAAAUUGUUCUUUGGCUUAAAUUGAAACACUUUCAUACAUAGUCUUUUUCAUUUUAAGGUGACUAUAAUGCACCACCUACUGAAAAAUGUAAAGUAAUAUGUCUUACAUUAGUGGAGGUCUUACUUUUUUAAUAGCUCAAUGGUUCUGUCAUCAGUAAACUUUGAUUAUGGCCUUUUGUGAACUCUCAGUUCUUUAGAGAAUAAUUCUGAUCCGUUUUUCAUUUAAUAUUUUGAGAAUGUUAAUGGCAAUAUUUGGGCAAGUAAUAAACAUAAAACAAA